CCAGCUGUACUGCGCCUGCGCGAAUCAGGGGGCGGGUUUGUUGUGCUUGACGUCAUGUUUUGUUUUCUGCUUAUUUUAUGGGGUUCUCUGAGCUAACAACACGGACAGCUGCGACUAUAAAAUAUCCCCAGUGACCUUGUACUGGUGUACAAGAAGACAAAGCCAUGGGGAAUACAAGCAGUGAGAGGGCUGCCAUGGGCCAGGGGGAGAAGGCUCAGCGGAGGGAUAGCCGAGGAAACAAGGAGGGAGAGAGACCAAAAAUCCUGAUGGACAGCCCAGAGGAUGCAGAUAUGUUUCAUGGUGAAGACAUGAAGGCUCCUUUAGAGAAAGAAGAGUUCCUUGCAUGGCAGCAAGACUUGGAAGCAGACGACAAAGGGCCAACUUUAGACCGACCAACAGUAUUUCGCUGGACUGGAGAUGGAAAAGAGGUCUUCCUGUCUGGAUCUUUCAACAACUGGGCCAAUAAGAUUCCACUAAUAAGAAGUCAGAACACCUUUGUUGCUAUUGUCGAUCUACCUGAAGGGGAGCACCAGUACAAGUUCUACGUGGAUGGCCAGUGGACCCACGACCCUGCUGAGCCAGUUGUAACAAGUCAGUUGGGGACAGUCAACAAUAUCAUCCAGGUGAAGAAAACUGACUUUGAGGUGUUCGAUGCUCUAAUGGUAGACUCUCAGAAGUGCUCCGACAUGUCAGACCUCUCCAGCUCUCCUCCUGGGCCUUAUCAUCAGGACGCCUAUGUCCCUAAGCAAGAAGAGAAGUUUAAGUCCCCACCCAUACUCCCACCUCACCUGCUACAGGUUAUCCUCAACAAAGACACUGGCAUUUCUUGUGACCCUGCAUUACUCCCUGAACCCAACCAUGUCAUGCUAAACCACCUCUACGCUCUCUCCAUUAAGGAUGGAGUGAUGGUGCUCAGUGCUACACAUCGUUACAAGAAGAAGUAUGUGACCACUUUAUUAUACAAGCCCAUCUGAGUGACAACAGGCUUGUAUAUCCAAGUAUGUUAACUGUACACUGAGUGUACAAAAUAUGAGCUCUGCCUGUUUCCUUCUUAAAAUAGAGGGAGCAGGUGAAUCCAGGUUGUGAGUUAGACCUGCUGAAUCCACAUCCUGACCUGGAGGGGUUCAAAUCUGCUUGUAGAGGUCAUUUCAAUUGAUUUAUUCUUGUUUUGUACUACACAGUGUCCAGGAAUUUGACCAUUUGUACUCUUUAUCCAAACUUGAGAAGGCCAGAGGUGAUUAUAAUGAGAAUCCCAAAUUAUCUAGCACUGUUAAGCUCUGAGAUUUUAUCUUGUACACUCAGUGUAUAUCCAUUAUUGUACUCAUCUCUUUAGGAUUAUAAAUGUCACUCAGUUACCCCAAUCCUUUAUAAUCUGCCUUUUAUUCAUUCACUGAUUGCCAUUUACAGCAACACACUGUUUGUUUGUUAGAGAUAGAGAGGCAGUUAUUAUAGGGUAGUACACUAUGUCUGACACAAAAUCAGACAUAAAUGUUCUGAAGAGGAUUUAUAAUCCUGGCCAAAUCUGACUGAAAGUUGUCCAAUCAUGAGUUUUCCAUGAUGAAGAAGACAGCAGCGGUACAAUCAAGAAUGUAAAUAUAAAGGUCAAAGAAAAAAAAAUGGACUGCAGUAGUUUUCCACUGAUUUUAUUUUCAUGUUUAUCUUGAGAAAUAUUCAUUUAUUUAUAGUCACACAGUGCACAGUAGAACAUGAAUAUCCUUUGUGAAGUAUUUAGUGUUGUUUAUUUUAUUUCUACAGUCUUUGAUGAUGUGAUUUGUUUCUGUGUCAAACACACUUUUUUAUAGUUAGAAGUUGUCUUCAAGACUUGAGUGGGAAAUGUGGCCUAGCAUAUUGGUUGUGUGGGAAGAAUGUGCAACUUUUUGAUCCACUAGAUGAGCUCCAGGAUUAAACCAAAUCAAAACCUCUGUUUGGCGACACCUCCGCUAUUCUGAAGCCUCAGCUCUCCUCCAGCGGCACACCUCCAACCCCUCCCCCUUCGCAAUCUCAUAAAGGAGUUAUGAAUUAGAUUGCACCAUUAAGCGCAAGCGGUUGACAAAAUUGUCCUUUUCUUGAGCUGCAAUUGCCUUAGUCCUGCAUUGUUGUGUUAGCAGGCUAAUGUUAGCACACUUUGGUUUGCUCAUAUCAAUGUUGCACAUUCUUCCUUUAAGACAAGCCUAUGUUAAGAUCAAAAAUACAACCAUGUUUUAAUUUUCAAUAAUUUUGCCUUUACUAAAUAAUGAUUUUAUUGGUUUUGCAUGGCAAUGGUCACAUUUAUUUAGAAAGAAGAAUAUGCAUACAGUGUAUGUACACUCAAAUCCCACCAAUGUGUCGGGAGAGUAAAUCUUACCCUUUUUGUUCGUCAAAGCAGGUCAAUGCAUUUCAAAGAUAUACUCAUACCAGAUGGUGUAUGUGUGUGUCAGGCGUCAGUGUGUGAUCCAUACAAUGUCGUCAAUCAGUGGCAGUGAUGGAGAUUUUUCAGAUGAGAAGAAGAGCAAAAAGCAGAGAAAAAAGGUCCAAUGAUUUAGUCAAAGAAAGUCGAAUGAAAAAAAGAGCUUGAAGAAUUAGAACCUGAAGGACCAUCACGGGAUCACAUGUCAGAGCUGUUCUGUUGUAGAUUUUAUUUUUUAAAAAUAGUUUCCUGUCUGUGUGUGCAUUUCAUGAAGUCUGACGGGUUGUAUUAGUUUAAGUUAAAGAUAUGACAUGUAGCAUCUAUUUACAUCAAUGUUUCAUUUACAAAUAGUCGAUCAUGGAAUCAUUUUAUUUAACAAUUUAUUAUGAUACAUCUAUUUUUGUUGUAAGCUGUAGGCCAGUAGAGGAUUGACAGUCUCCUCAGUAUAAGACUACUACUUCUUCUGUUUGGUCAGAACUAUUAUAGUCAUGAUGUAUUUAUGCUAGAAUAUUUGUAUUUCAAAUGAAUUGCAGUAUCAUUUCAAAUGUUGAUCAUUCUAACCAAGUAGGCAAUUUUUUGUUUGGAGAGACAUUUGUAUUAAAAUAAUUUCAAAAUUGA